AUGGAUGGAGGCUAUGCUGUCCACUGCAAGAAGGAAGAAGUGUACAGCAGUUGCGAGAUGAAGGUACCAAACAAGGAGAACGAAACAACACCAUGUAUGUACGGUUGGGAAUAUGAUGAUACUUGGUUUUCAGCAACUGCUUCCUCACAGGAAGACUGGGUAUGCGAAAGAGAAAUGUAUCCUAACACUAUAUAUUCCGUCAGUCACUUCAUUUCCAUCGCUUUUGCUGUUCUGCUUUUCUUCGUUGGUGACAGAUUUGGCCGGAGGAUAGAGUUUCUCACGAGCGUAAGCAUGAUGGCGGUAUCCCGGUCACUGCUGACAGUUUCGGCGCCCGUCUUCCCGCUCUAUGUCGCUCUCGCAGCGAUAGCAGAGGGUCCAGCCUUGCCUUGCACGGAGUCUGCUGCAGCCAUUGGAAUCGAACUGACUGGCAUCAAACAUCGCUCGCUCGUCAACUUUCUGGUAUUUGUGUUUUACUGUUUGGGACCAAUUUCUAUGGCACUGGCAGCAAUGUUGUUACGAAACUGGGUUCACUUUCUACUGCUUUCAUCUGUCCCCUGCUUCAUUCCGUUGUUGCUGCAUAGGUGA